CCCGCGCGGUCACCUGUGUCGCACGUCCUCAGUCGCAAGGCGGCCGCGUCGCGCGCCACCCGCUUCGCACCGCGUGCUAUAUUAUGACAGUGACGUGAUGGAAGGCAAAGAGUUCGGUGCGGUCCCCGGCCUACCUGCCGGUCUGGACUACUUCAUGAUGCCGCGCGUCAGCCAACCGGCGCCGCAGUUCGACUUCAGAAAGUUGGGAGCCAGCUUCAGCGGCCGCGAGGAGGAGCGUGAGGAGCCACGCUCGCCGGAGUACGCGCCGGAGCGCCGCGACCCGCCGCCCGCGCCCUGGCCGCUCGGCCUCGGCGUGCAGUUCGUCAACCCCGCCACCGGCAAGAAGAGAGUGCAGUGCAAUGUCUGUCUCAAAACUUUCUGCGACAAGGGAGCUCUUAAAAUUCAUUUCUCGGCGGUGCACCUGCGUGAAAUGCACAAAUGUACGGUGGAGGGGUGCACCAUGAUGUUCAGUUCGCGCCGCUCGAGGAACAGGCACAGCGCUAACCCGAACCCCAAGCUGCACUCACCGCACGUGAGACGCAAGAUAUCGGCGCAUGACGGCCGCUCUGCGCAACCGUUCCCACUGUUGCCUGCGCUGGCGCGGCUACCUCUGCCGCCACCCUCGCUGUUGCCACCCGAACUGGCCGCCCGGUUGCCUCCCGCGCUUUCUGCUCCACCGGGACCGACAUCGCUGCCUCCCCGAGUUCCCCUCGACGACCUCCGCAACUUCAGUGAAAUAGAGAAAAUGUAUAGGAAGAUACCAUCACCUCAGGAGUCCUCGCGUCAUGUGUUCGAUGUUCUUAAGCCUUCUCCACCGCGCGAGGACGAGUGCAUUAAACACAGUGAAAAUAUUGAAUGCACCUCUAAAGAAAAGCAAGAAGAAGUGACAGUAGAUGUUAAGUCACCGGCGAUGAGCAGGUUGAAUUACGACGACGAACCCGAGGAUUUGAGUGUAAAUAAACGACGAGAGGAGGCCGAGUCAACGGUGCAGUUAGAACCCAGUGGUCGAACUGAACCCACCGUCGGCGACGACAAGUCGACACUUGUUCCUAAUAAACGGAAGAGAAAGAGCGGCAACCCCACGCGGUGUUCACAAAACACAGUAGAGUACAGUGUUUCGGACGAGGAAUAUAAUAGUGAUUUAUUUAGAACCAUCUCAACCCCCGGCUCAAGCCGGACAGAGGAGGAACCCCUAUCGCUCAAGAAACAAAAGCCAGAAAAAUGGGAGCCAUUUCAGAACGGCGAGGAGGUUGUGGACGCGGAAACGGUGACGCGAGUAAAAGCCGAGAGCGAGUCGGACGACGAGUCGAGUGCGCCGAGCGUGGUGCGCGAGGGGCUGCGGCUGCGCUCCGACCUGUAUACCCCGAGCGACAGCGGAAGCGACCUGCUGGCGCUAGAGGAGCGUUUAGCGCGUCCGCGUUCGCCUUCAUCCCACAGCGAUCUCGCCGACGAUCGCACCGACAUCAAUGAUCUCGAAAUACCGAUCGACGAUGAGAAUCCAGACAGAUGCACGGCUUGCGGCAAAAUAUUUCAGAAUCACUUCACGCUGCGCAUGCAUUACAGGAACGAGCACUUAAAACUGCUUCACCCCUGCGACGUUAACGGGUGCGAUGCCGCUUUCCCUUCACGAAGAAGUAGGGACCGGCACAGCUCCAAUGCCGAUUUGCACAGACGAUUGCUUUCGACGGGUCCGCCGGACUCUCGGGAACGGAGGCCCUCCUUCGAAGUCAACGCAGAGCUCCUCAACAAAUUGUACGCAGAUAUAAAAGGUCUCGCGUCGACGCUCGAGAGUCUUCGAUACGGUGGCGACGAGUCCCCACAACUGCCGGCCUACGUCACGGAGACAAUGAAGUUUUACAGUCGGAAUUUGAGCGCAUUACAGUCGGGGUUCCUACCGCAGCUUGGGGAUCGGGGAUUUUUUCCCGGGCCAUUCCUGAUGGGUCAUGGGGCGCCGCAACCGGGCGGGAUGUACGCGCCAGCCGGAGCGCAAUCGGCGCGGGAGUCAAUGUCACCACUGUCGGCGUCCUCGCCGCCGGUGCUCUCCCCCGGUCGGUUAGACGCGGCACACGGCAGACCGCGGGACGACGCUAAGCUGCUUUUUCGAGAGACGAGCGAGUCCUACAAGAAGAUGACGUCGCUGUGCGAGCGACAGGAGCAGCUGUACCAGCACCAUGUGCCGGUGUCGUGACGCGGCCGCCCCCCGCGCCCUCCACGCCGCGCAUGGUGAUACCUCAUUUCUCGAAGAAGUCGGCGCGUCAUAGACUCUCGUAUAUUUAAUUGUUAAUAAUAUUAAUUGUGUUAAUUCUAUUAAGUAUUUCGUUUUGUAUUUUUUCUUGUGAUAUUUAGACAAAUAUAUCGUAAUCGGAUCCCACGAACUGUAAGUUAUAAGGGACGCGACCGCUCGGGUGUUUGUGAACCGAAGUGCAAUACGGACAUACAAUAUUAUAAAUUUAAAUGGAGUCGGCGCGGCUGCGGUGUGCGAUAUCAGUCGCGUAGAGUAUUCGUAUAAUCGAUGUUGAAAGUAAACGUUAUAACUGAUCAGCUUCAUUUAUUGUUCUGACGCAAUAAACUCAUUGAGGAAAAAACGUAA